AUGAAUAUCACCAAGCCAGUGUCUAAUUGCCCUGCCCCAGCGAGGCUGCCUUUGCUUGCCCAGCGCACACCUCGACUUUCGAGAGUCAGCGAUGUGACAAAUGUGAUCCCCGACCCGGUCAAUAGUCAAUGCGAAGACCAGUCAGUUGCUGACCCCGUGCAUGCCAAAACCGUGUCCCAAGUAAAUGCGCCUGCUGAAGAUGGAUACCACCGGGUAAACCUUGAGGGGACAUCAGAUGGUGGAGCCGCGCUGCCAGCCAGCAAGGAUGUUUCGAAACCAAGUGGAAACAAGACAUCUUUUCCUCUACCCCCAGAAUCAAAGCAAGAGCCUCAGCCUCAACGUAGGCCUCAGGCUAUCACGAGCCUUCCACGAUCAAGGGUGCCUCUGAGACCGGUCAACACCCAACCUGCUUCCAAAAGGGUUGAUCCGGUUGAAAAGGAGGCCCCACAAAGCAAGCUGCUUCCAAAUCCUACCGGUAAAAGAAUCAUUCAAUUGAGUGAGAAUGACCUCUUCGAACAGCUCAUUGUGAAGAUAAGACAGCGAGAGGAGAGCGAGCAAAACACCGCGAGCAUUAUACGACAGAUCGAAUCGGAAAACCAGGCACUGAAAGAAACAAACCAGAAUUUGCAGGAGCGAGUUAGAAAGCAACAAGGGCAACUUGCCAAAGCCUCUUCUGAAAACAAAGGCCAGCGCGCACAGUUAGACCAGUGGAGGGCAAAGAUUGUCAUGUUCAAGGGCAUCAUCGGAGAGCUUGGUCGUGAAUAUGACAAGGUCCGGGAACAGACAAUGAGUUUGAAAGAGAUCGCGGUAUCCCUAGGCGAUGAAAAAUCACAAAUCCAAGCCACCCUGGAGGAUCUCAAGAUGCAAGUCUCGAGACACACUGAAACGGCCGAGGGCCAGAAAAAGAAGCUUGCUACCUCCGAUGGCGCGAUUGCUCAUUUAACAGAUGCAUUGAAUCAUUCAGAGAAAAGGGGAGAUCUCAUCAAGAGUCAGCUUGUGGGCGAGAGAAAGCGAAUCGUGACGCUAGAGACUUAUAUCCAAAACGAAUCUCAGACUCAGGCCCGGUACCUGUAUGUUGUCAAGAAAGAGCAAGGCAGAAUGACCGAGAAGCUUGAUGCCAUGUGCGAUCAAUUCAGCAAGGCAUGUCUUGGAACACAAGAUGUUAUCCUGUCAAAACUGAGUCCAGAAGUCGAGAGAUGUGUCGCAUCAGUUGAGGACAUGAAGAAACAGCACUCUGCUGAAACGCUGGAUGCCGAGCACUUCGCCAAAAGUAUCGAAGAAGCGGCCUCUCGCUUUGGGUCCCUGGCGGGUCAGUUCACAAGUGAUCUUGACAAAAAUAAUGAAAUGAGCAACAGCGUGGCCGAGGCACUACGUGAGGGCCUGCAAUCAGUGGAAAGCAACCUUGGCCCAUACUCAUCGCUGGUCAAGCAACUUGCCAACAACGAAAAUUGUUAUAACAGCCUCCAACAGCAAGUUCAAGCGGUUACACCAAGUCUCGGGAGUCUGGGGGCUUUGGUCAAGACCGUUGAGGCUACUGAGACGGAGCUCAUUGGCGCACUGCAGAACUUCGGUCAAAUGCUAUCUGCGGCCAGGAUACCAGCAGGAAAUCCUGUCUUAGAGAAAGAGCUCACAGCGAAGUUUUCUGAAAACACACAGUUGCACCUUCGGCUCCAACAGAUCUCAAGUGAGAUUGAUUCUCUUCGAAUGCAAGUCAGCAGCAAGACAUCUGAAGUCAUGCAACUUCAAAACAAGUUGAAAGAGUCAAUGGACAAUGAACAGGAGCAUAGGGGCCAAGUUUCCCGGUGCGAAAUCGAGAAAACAGCUUUGCGUGGAGAGCUUGUGAUACUCGAACAGAGAAUCCGAGAGGAACUGACCAUCGCCGCCAGAACGUCGCAGGAUGGCAUGAGAGAGAAGUUCGAACACGAAGUCAGAGACCUUGAGACGAUCAACAUUCGACUUGAACAUGAUCUAAAGAACUUGAAAACACAGCUUUCCGAUGCUCAGACUUUGCUGCGCCAAGAAUCACAGGCACAGAUUGAAGAUCUAACCAAAGCAUGUUCCGAAUAUGUUCUCAAAGAGAAAGCAAUUGAGGUUGAAUUGCAGAUGACCAAGGCCUCCGAGAAUAAGCUUCAUUCGGAGAAAGAGAUGGCUAAGGAGCUACUCGAUCAAGCUAAUCGGAAGGCUCACAGGCUUGAGGCACAACUGGAACUCAAGACUCAAUCGGAAAGUAUGAUGGAAAAGGCUAAGCAAGAGGCGGAAAAAGCAUUUGUGUUGCUCGAGCUGGAAGCGACACGAAAAAGCGAAGAGAUGCAGUCCAUGAAACAAGCCAUCAGCCUGCUCGAAUCCCGGUCUGCAGCUUUGGAGAAGAUUGGAGGAGAGGCUGAUGCUGAGAUUGUAUCCCUUCUUCAGCGAGCCCAAGAAGCCGAAAGCUGGCAAGUCACAAUGCGAGAAGGGCUUGCGAAGAUUAUGGAAAUACAUCCAGACGAGCCUUUCGAAUUGACAUGGCAGAGAAUCGAAACUGCGCUGAAAUUGUCAGUCACGCAGCGCACCACGGAAAACACAUUAUGCACCAGCGUUGAACAAAAUGAUGAGGUGGAGACUGAGAGGAAAGGCAAUGAUGCCGAAGGGCUGGAGAAACGUGACGCGGAGGCUGAAUUUGCGAAUGAGCUUGUUGAAAGGCUUCGCGAUGCAAGUGAAAGACUUCCGCUGGAGCAAAGACUACCACCAAGUGUCUGCGAUGCUCCCAAGUCGUUUGAGCAUGACAAUUGUGUUGACCCGCGGCGCAUGCUACCCAUUGACCAUGGCCACAUCGUGCCGUUCUCCAGUCUCCAUGAGAAAAUUGCAGCUGAAGGCGAUGACUUUUCAUUGUUCAACGAUACAGCUGAGCUGGAAAUGCUCAUGCUGUCAACACCCGACCUCCAGGGGCCUUUUGCUUCCAGCCAAAGAGCACCAUGUGAUCGGCUCAAGGACGCCCCAAAGGCUCCAGAGACAUCUGAUAAAGGAAACGAGGUUGCCAAAGAGGCUGACUCUGUGGUUGAUUCCGCCAAUAUCGAGAAGUCCCAACUGGUCCAUCAUGGAGAGCUUCGUGAGAAGGUCUCUUACGAUUGCCCCAAAAUUAAACAAGUCAACGCGAGGCGAAAGGUAGUCAGCUUCGAGGGGUCGCGUCUUUCCUCCCAGGCUGAGGUCAAGGGAACACGGCGGCUAUCAGAUGCCACUGAUGAGAGUUCCGGCAGAGACUCCGAAAGCAAAGAGACUAAGCGCACGUAUAAGCGCACCUACAGUCGUCUCCGUCAAUCUGUGGUCCAGGACGAAAACCACGCUGACGAAAAAACGGAAUUGCAGCCAUCCAUUGAGGAUCCAACCGCAAAUCCUCGACAAGGCUCGACCAUUACGGCCGAAGACCCCGGUGCGCCCUGCAAGCCACCAAAGAGAUCGCGUAAGACAGGCGUCGAGCCGGAACGACGUCUCAGCCCAAAAGGUCUGGCUUCAGGCAGUAGUAAAAGCAACGCGGUCAGCACAUCUACUAAUUUGCGAGCCCGGGCCAAGCGCCGCAGUCGAGGUAAGGUGUCUCAUUUCUCCAUGUAG